CAAAAACUAAGUGUAGAGAAAUCAGUUAUGGAGAAUUCGAACGGACACAGUAAGAAAGGAAACUUCAUCCUUGUUUCAUCUUCUUUAAAUUCAUCAUCAUCUGAAAAGCUUUCAAAAGAUGUACGAUCAAUCAAUGGAGGCUCAAUUGAUUGGAAUUAUCAAGGAUCACAUCUUCAAGUUGUCCUGCGCUGCAGGCCUUUGACUGACGAUGAAAUGAGAGCUAAAAUGGCAAUGACGAUUGCGUGUAACGAAGAUAGUGGUGAAGUGUCGAUUAUUCAACUGCAAGGCGGUAAUAAGAAGCCGCCGGAAAGAGUUUUUACAUUUGACAAGGUAUUUGGACCGAAUUCUGAUCAAAACGUUGUUUACGAACAUGCGAUUGAGCCGAUUGUUGUAGAAGCUAUCAAGGGGUAUGAUUGCACUGUGUUUACUUAUGGUCAAACUGGAACUGGAAAAACUUAUACUAUGGUUGGGAAAGGAACGAAAGAGAAGAUUGGAGAAUUGAAUCGUGAAGCCGGGAUUAUUCCAAGAGCUGUUCAACAAAUUUUCAACCUUCUUCAAUCUCAGAAUGGGGAGUAUACUAUUAAACUCACGUUUCUAGAAAUCUACAAUGAAGAAAUAUCCGAUCUCUUGGCUGAUGAUGAAUCAAGGAAGCCAAUGACCUUAAUGGACGAUGGAAAGGGGGCCGUUUUCAUAAAAGGUUUGGUAGAAGCAACUGUAUGCAAUGCAGAGGAAAUGAACGAUGUUUUGGAGAAAGGUUCGUCUAGAAAGCAUACAAUGGAUACUAUUUUGAAUGAACAAAGUAAACGUUCACACUCAAUACUUUCCAUUUCCAUCCAAAUUAAGGAGCCAACCUUAGACGGAAUGGACCUUGUUAAGUAUGGAAAGUUGAAUUUCAUCGAUCUUGCUGGUUCAGAAGAUGUUUUAUUAUCUCUAAAUGGAAAUGAGAUCUUUCAGCAAAGGGCAAGGGAGGUUGGUGAGCUUAACAAGAGUUUGCUUACUCUUGGACGCGUUAUAAAUGCACUUGUUGAUAAUUCAGACCAUGUUCCAUACAGGGACAGCAAAUUGACAAGGUUAAUGAGGGAUUCAUUAGGAGGGAAAUCAAAGACUUGCAUGAUUACUACAGUAUCACCGUCUAUAAACUGUUUGGAGGAAACCAUGAAUACUUUAGGAUUUGCUUUUAAGGCUAAGAACAUCAAGAACAAACCAGAGGCAAAUCAGAGGCUGAUGAGAUCUACUCUGAUAAAGAAUCUAUACAAGGAGAUGGAUAAACUUAAACAAGAGCUUAACACAACGAGGGAAAAGAAUGGCGUUUACACAUCACACAGUCAAUAUCUCAAAGAAGAAACUUCCAGAAAGAAAAUGCAACAUGAUUUGGAACUUAUGAACAAGCAACUGAAGGAGCUUCAAGAGAGUAAUGCUGACCUAAGAAGAAGACUUGAAAAGGUGCAGAUAGAAAUGGAAGAAAGUGGAAGAGAACAAUCUGAUCUAAACGAAUCUUGCAGAAAAGCUAGUAUGACAAUCAAAGAAAAGGAAUACUUAAUCUCUUGUCUUCUAGAAUCUGAGAAGGCACUUAAACAAAGAGCAUCCGAUCUUCGGGCUGAACUGGAUAAUGCUGCAUUCGACUUAUCUAGCUUGUGGACCAACAUCGAAAACAGGAGCAAGACGGAAGACAGGAACACAAACAUUAUCCAAAAGUUCCACUCCAAGUUAGUUCAACAACUUGAAGAUUUACGUGUAACAGUCGCAUCAUCUGUAAAAGAUCAGGAGCAAAGGCUGAAAACACUUGAAGACAGUUCACAGUUUCUUAUAUCUACUAAAGCCAAGGCAAUGGAGGAACUCGAAGAACAGAUAGAGAAGCAGAAAGCCACAAAGUUAACUCACGCUACACAUCUCAAUGAUUUAAUGGCUGAAUUAGAUGGGAAUAUUCAGUUGAUUUUUAAGAGUCUCAAUGCAGAACUAUCAAAGCAAUCAAAUUCUUGUAUCGAUCUAUGUAACAACUUUUCAAUGGAGGCCAGUUCAACAAUCAAUGCCAUAAAAGACAACCUUAAAGAUCAAGAAGAAAAACUAGUAUUGUUGGCAAACCAGCAGCACGAGGUUCACUCGAGAAUGUUAAACAAAACGGAAUCAAUUUCAAGGGAUCUUUCAACUUUCUUCAAUGACUUAACAGUACAUGUUUCAAAGAUGAGUCUUUUAUUGGAAGAAACUCAGGAAAGCAACAAGCAAGAGCUACAUGAAUUCAACCGGAAAUUCGAUGAACAAGUUGCUAAUGAAGACAGGCAACUAUUGGAUAAAGUGGUAGAGCUGUUAGCAUAUAGUAAUACUAGAAAAAAGAAUAUGGUUCAAACAGCCAUGGAUGGCUUUCAUGAGGCUACAGAAAAUAGAACUAGCGCAUUUCAAGAAGAAAUGUCAUCCGUCCAAAGCUUGAUCAUUUCUGCCCAAGGUGGAUGGAACGGUUACAGUAAAGAAUCAGAUGACUUACAUAAGGAUGUCAAUAAUGCAGCAGAUAGCAUGCACAUCUUGGCUGGUGACCUAAGAGACUGGUAA